AUGGUGCCAGCAGCAGCACCAAUAACCAGCAUGGCAAUGGCAACAAAUCCCGGCCCACACAACGAAUAUAUCGGCAACGUCACAAAGCACUUUCAGCACUUGUCCCAGGACCAAAAGCACUUGUUUCUUUCCGAGAUCCUCAACUGUUGUGACACCCAGCUCUUGUCAUUUAUUCACAAUCUAAUCGCGCCGCGAUUGAAGAUUGACUUUUUAAAGCAACUCCCUAUUGAGCUAUCGCUCCACGUUAUCUCAUUCAUAGACGACCCAAAGGACUUGGCCAAUGCGUCUCGCGUAUCAAGUUUCUGGAACUCGCUGUUAAAGGACGAAGCCACGUGGAAGUCCUUGUGCUUGAAGCAUCGGUAUCGACGGCGGUCUUCAUUCUUUGACUUGAACUCAACCUGGCAGCAUCAAUUCCAGCAACAAAAGCGGCAGCAACAGCAGCAACAUCAUGUCUCGUAUCGCGAUUACUUUUGGCACAAGUACAAUACCGAAAUGGCUUGGAGCCAAGGGACGGGCGAAUUGAUCCAUUGUGAGAACGACAUCGGUCGGGCGUUGGUGACCAGUCUGCAGAUGGACGACCAGUAUUUGGUGCUCGGAUGCGAUAAUCAAAAAAUUGAGGUUUUUGACAGCAACACUGGCCAGUAUUUGCGCACAUUACAGGGGCAUGAAGGCGGUGUAUGGGCCCUACAAUUUGUCAAGCGCCCAAGCGAUGGCCUGCGUAUCCUUGUGACAGGAGGUUGCGACAGAGUUGUCAUGGUCUGGAACCUAGAGACGGGGCAACUGGUGCACUCAUUAGCUGGGCACAGCUCCACAGUGCGCUGUCUGCGGGUACACACAGACGGGCAAAGGGCUGUGACGGGAUCUCGGGAUGCCACGGUCAGAAUAUGGGACGUCGAGAACGGAGUUGCACAGCAUGUGUGCACGGGCCAUCAAGCCAGCGUGCGGUGCAUGGACAUCCACGACAACCUGGUCGCUACGGGUUCGUACGAUGCCACAGCAAAGCUGUUCGAUAUUCAGACCGGAGAGUGCCUUUUCACCUACUUUGGUCAUCACUCGCAAAUUUAUUCCAUUGCCUUUGACGGAACACGCAUUGUCACCGGAAGCCUGGAUUGGAGCAUCAAAGUAUGGGAUCCAACCGAUGGCUCUUGUCUCGGUACAUUGACAGGCCAUACAUCGCUUGUGGGCCAUCUUCAACUAUCCACGCCGUAUGAGUCCUCGCCCCUGCUGGUCAGUGGCGCUUCGGACGGCUGCUUGCGGAUCUGGGAACUCCGAACGUUUCGUUGCAAGCAUCAGAUCUCGGCACAUGACAGCUCCGUGUCUUGCUUGCAAGCUGAUCAAAAGCGGAUUUUGAGUGGUGGCAGCGAUGGUCGAGUCAAACUGUGGGACCUUGAAAACGGACGGUUAAUCCGGCAAUUCUCGGAACCAGCUAGGACGGUGUGGAAGCUGCAGUUUACCGACGCUAAGGCUGUGGUUGUCUCCCAAAAGCCCAGAGCGGAUACGAUAGUCCCUGCGGAUCCUAGUCUACUAAUAGCUAAUGUAGAAACAACCAUCGAGUUACAUAAGUUCAAUGUAAAUAGCUAA